AUGUCCCGCGCGGAGACGGUGAAGGCAUCGCCUUCCGACACCGACGGGGAGACGGAGAAAGCGCCGUCCCUGGCCUCGGGGUUGCGGCGGGGCCGCAUGCUGCACGGCCUCGAGGUCGCCCUCGUGGUGGUUGGCCAGUGGGCUGGCUAUCUGGUGAAACCUUUCAAUAAGAAGGAUGGUUCCAGCUUCACGUGCGGUCUCUGCGCCCACGAGAGCACGGACCCGAGCCCGUAUCCCCAGGCGAGUAACGAGGACGAGUUCGGCGGAUACUGGCCGUGGAAGUACCGCACCGACCAUGGCAGCAUGAUCCGCCAGGCCACGGGCUAUUUGUGCCUG